AUGCUUCAGCUACAAUACUUCAAAAAUGAAUACGACUCAGAACAAAAUAUGCGUCAAUCGAUUGUUGUGAAAGCCCGUGUCGAUGACAUGGAACAAGCGGAAAAUGCCAUUUUCGAUCUUACUGAGUCACUUGGAACGUUCUUCGUUCAAGAGGAUGUCUACUUCAAUGUUCCAAAUGGAAACCUUAAACUCCGAAUUAUGCAUCCAAAUAUUGGAGGACCAGAUGCUCGCUGA